AUGGAAGGUACAAACGAAGGACGGAAGGUACAAACGAAGGAUGGAGGGUACAAACGAAGGACGGAUGGUACAAACGAAGGACGGAAGGUACAAACGAAGGACGGAUGGUACAAACGAAUGAUGGAGGGUACAAACGAAGGACGGAUGGUACAAACGAAGGAUGGAGGGUACAAACGAAGGACGGAUGGUACAAACGAAGGACGGAGGGUACAAACGAAGGACGGAAGGUACAAACGAAGGAUGGAGGGUACAAACGAAGGACGGAUGGUACAAACGAAGGACGGAAGGUACAAACGAAGGACGGAAGGUACAAACGAAGGAUGGAGGGUACAAACGAAGGACGGAUGGUACAAACGAAGGACGGAAGGUACAAACGAAGGAUGGAGGGUACAAACGAAGGACGUAAGGUACAAACGAAGGAUGGAGGGUACAAACGAAGGACGGAUGGUACAAACGAAGGACGUAAGGUACAAACAUAGGAUGGAGGGUACAAACGAAGGCCGGAUGAUACAAACGAAGGACGGAAGGUACAAUCAAAGGACGGAAGGUACAAACGAUGGAUGGAAGGUACAAACGAAGGACGGAAGGUACAAACGAAGGAUGGAGGGUACAAACGAAGGACGGAUGGUACAAACGAAGGACGGAAGGUACAAACGAAGGACGGAAGGUACAAACGAAGGACGGAAGGUACAAACGAAGGACGGAUGGUACAAACGAAGGAUGGAGGGUACAAACGAAGGACGGAAGGUACAAACGAUGGAUGGAAUGUACAAACGAAGGACGGAUGGUACAAACGAAGGACGGAUGGUACAAUCGAAGGACGGAAGGUACAAACGAUGGAUGGAAGGUACAAACGAAGGACGGAAGGAACAAACGAAGGACGGAGGGUACAAACGAAGGACGGAGGGUACAAACGAAGGCUGGAGAGUAAAAACGAAGACUGGAAGGAAUAAAAACGAAGGAUGGAUGGUACAAACGAAGGACGGAGGGUACAAAGGAUGGAGAGAACAAACGAAGGAUGGCUGGUACAAACGAAAGACGGAUAGUACACACGAAGGACGGAAAGAACAAACGAUCGAAUGA